AUGGCUCCGUCGCUAUGGAGAAGCUUGGCUCUUGGGGCUAUGGUUUAUCUUCCCUCAGCAGUACUAGCCUUCAGGAACUCCUCAUAUCAAGAUAUUGACAUACUGCGGUCUAAACUCGCCUUGAUGGAUGACAGGCCUCCUAACUGUCCUCCUUGCUUCAACUGUCUUCUUCCAUCCCACGUCUGUGCUCAGUAUGCUGGCUGCAACGAGUUCAAUGGGAAGUGUGACUGUCCGGCAGGCUUCGGUGGCGACGAUUGCCUUCAACCACUUUGUGGUUCCCUAGCAAAGGGUCGAGAUCGACAAAUGCGCUCUGGGGAAACGUGCGAUUGCGACGAAGGGUGGACCGGGAUCAAUUGUAAUGUCUGCACAGACAAUAGAGCUUGCAACGCGAUGGUAGAAACCGGGAAAGGAGGUGUCUGCUAUCAGAACGGCGAGGUCAUACAUCAAAACCACCAACUUUGCAAGGUGACUAACAGGAAGAUCACGGAUCUUCUCGGCGAACAACGACCCGAGGUCACCUUUUCCUGUCAGAAAGAAGAAAAAACCUGUGACUUCCAGUUCUGGGUCGAUGCUGUGGAAUCGUUUUAUUGCCACUUGAGCGAUUGCGACUCCAGUGCCGAGUUUGGUGAAACCAAAAACACCACGUCCUACAAAUGCGACAAGAUACGCUGCAGUUGCAUCUCAGAACGCAUGUUGUGCGGCAAGGAUGGCUCAAUAGAUUUAAGCGACUUUCUCGACCAGGCAAUUCGCGGCCCUGGGGGCUUCCAGUGCACCCAACAGAAUGGUGGUGCUCACGACUGCGCCUUUAAAGAGCCAGAGAUGGACAAACUUAUUCGCAGCCUGAUUGGUGACUCUAGCAUCCUGCUUGAUUGUCAGGCCGGAGAAUGCUUGCAUGAGACCCAGGUUCCAGGGUACAGAAGGCCGGUGAAGCAAAUCAAUACGCCUCUUAUUGCUGGAGUCAUCGCUAUUUGUGCACUAUUUGUUGUGGCUGUCAUUAUCAUGACCUGGGUUCUCUCACGCCGAAAGUUGAGGUAUGGUGCGAUUCGCCUGGAGGACUCCGACGAUGAAGCAACCAAACUCAUGGCUGAGCAUAAACCCGCUACUCUGUAUUUUGAGAAUGUCUCAUAUCAAUUAGGUGGCAAGGGUAUCCUGGGUGGUAUCCAGGGUGUUUGUCAUCCAGGUGAGGUGACGGCAAUCAUGGGCGCUUCUGGGGCGGGAAAGACAACCUUUCUGGAUAUUCUUGCUCGUAAAAACAAGCGCGGCUCGGUAGAAGGCACUUUCUACGUGAAUGGUGAGAACGUCGGCAGCUCAGAGUACAAAAAGGUUGUUGGGUUUGUUGACCAGGAGGACACAAUGCUCCCAACACUCACUGUUCACGAGACAAUUCUUAACAGCGCUCUUCUGCGAUUGCCCCGUGAUAUGAGUCGCGCGGUGAAGGAGCAAAGAGUAUUCGAGGUAGAAAAAGAACUGGGCAUUUACCAUAUUCGCGAUUCGCUGAUUGGGUCCGAGGAGGGCAAAGGGCGUGGUAUAUCUGGUGGUGAGAAGCGCCGGGUUGGUAUAGCCUGUGAGCUGGUCACCAGUCCCUCUAUUCUCUUUCUUGAUGAGCCUACCAGCGGAUUGGAUGCCUUUAACGCGUACAACGUUGUCGAAUGUCUUGUUACCCUUGCGAAGAGUUAUCAAAGAACGGUCAUAUUCACGAUCCACCAACCUCGGUCUAAUAUUGUGGCCCUGUUCGACCGCCUUAUUUUGUUGGCACAGGGCAAAGCAGUUUAUUCUGGCCCAUUUGCCGAAUGCCAGCCGUAUUUUGACUCCAUAGGAUACGAAUGCCCACAAGGUUUCAACAUCGCCGACUACCUUGUUGACCUCACGAUGCAUGCUGGUCGAAGCGUCUCGGCCGAUGACGGGGGUGUUGCAGUAGAUGCGGCUAGUGUCGGUCCCAGCAGCACAAAGGCAGUGAAAUCAAUAGCAAGUAUUUCGGGGAAUAGCACAGGUGAAGACAGCGUCGGAGAACUGUCACCAUCUCCUAGACCCAGAAACUUUCGACGAGACUCAAUUCGCCAACGGCAAGAACGCGAGCUAUUUACUCGACGUAAGCAAACAGCAGACACCACGGCAUCCUCUGACGCUGGUGGGGAGGAGGCAGGCAAUUAUAAGCUUCAGUUAAAUCCCACAAACGCGCUGCUUUCACAAACUCGAGACGAUCCUCACGAUCUACCCCCGGCAGCAACAGCAAACUCGGUCACUGAUCUUGAUCUCAUGACGCAAGCAUUUUCUCGGUCCAAAAUAGCGCAAACGACUCAUCAAGAAAUACGCCAGGCUGUGACGAUCGCAGCUGAGACCAAUGGCUCAAAUGCCAAUGGCUAUAUUGAUGAUAGACCCAGCCUUGGUAUUGGUGUCAUAGGGCGUGGAUAUGCCCGUGUCGGUUACGUGGGACAGUUUAUCAUUCUUUCUCAAAGAACGUGGAAAAAUCUCUAUCGAGAUCCGAUGCUCAUGCUUACCCAUUACGCAAUUGCCAUAAUCCUCGCCGUCUUCUCAGGAUACCUCUUCUACGGUCUAACAGAUGAUAUCCCAGGCUUUCAGAACCGGCUAGGUCUCUUUUUCUUUCUUCUUGCUCUAUUCGGAUUCAGCACUCUUACGAGCUUAAAUGUCUUUUCAACGGAGCGUCUUCUGUUCCUACGUGAGCGAGCAAACGGGUACUAUUCGCCAAUUACCUACUUUGCGGCCAAAGUCUUAUUUGACAUAAUUCCGUUGAGAAUUGUUCCACCAAUUUUAAUGGGGUCAAUUAUUUAUCCAAUGACUGGGCUAGUUCCCGACUCAGCUCAUUUCUUCAGAUUUUUGUUGGUUCUAGUCCUGUUUAAUUUGGCUGCCGCUGCCAUCUGCCUAUUCGUCGGCAUUCUAUGCAAAAACGGCGGAGUUGCCAACUUGAUCGGUAGCUUGAUUAUGCUUUUCAGCCUUCUGUUUGCAGGAUUUUUACUUAAUCACGACGCAACACCCCCCGGAGCCCUAUGGCUCCAGACAUUAUCAAUCUUUCACUAUGGUUUUGAGUCACUCAUAGUGAACGAAGUGGUUGAGCUCACACUUGUUGACAAGAAAUAUGGCCUCGACAUCACAGUACCUGGUGCCGCAAUUUUGAGCUCCUUCGGCUUCGAUAAUGGUGCUUUGUGGUCGGACGUUCGCAAUUUGGGCGUUUUUGCCAUAACCUUUAUCGUCAUGGCAUACAUUGCGAUGCACUUCCUUCUGGUGGAGAAACGAUAG